AUGUUAGAGACGCAUAUAUCUGAGCUUUCAGUUACCGCUACAAACUUAACUGAGGAGAAUUUAAAACUAAAGGAACAGCUGCAGAGCCUGCAGGAUAACUUUCAUGAGAAUGAGCAGAAAUCCCGACUCUGCAAUGUUGAGAUACAGAAUGUUCCUGAACGGAAAAACGAAAACCUAUUGCAACUAGUCUCAAAUCUGGGAACCUUACUCGGCGUUGUUAUUCCCGCUGAAUCCAUUAAAGCAGUACACCGUGUUGCUCAUAAUACGCAUACAGACAGACCUAAAAAUAUCAUAUUACAACUUAAUACGAAGCAUUUGAGGGAUGACGUCAUCGCUGCAUCCCGUGCUCGGCGUGGCUUAACAGCGGGUCAACUCAUAGCUGCGGGUGGACCAAGCAACGCUUCUUCGAGGUCAGGCAGUGACAUAACACAAUCAGAUCGCACCGUCUACAUAAGAGAGCAUCUCACCUUACGCAAUAAAAUAUUAUUCUCCAAAACAAGAUCUAUAGCUCGCGAUAGAUACAGAUAUGUGUGGACUAAAAAUGCUAUCAUACAAGUGCGUAAAAAUGACAAUGCACCUGUUAUGUACAUCCGUUCCGAGAAAGACCUCAGUAAGUUGUGA